UUUAACCCUUCAUUUACUUCUUGGGGCUGGGAUUCUGAGGAAGGCUAGCCAGUUACUUCUUUAUUCCAUAGACAGGGAAAUAGAACAGGCCUCCCUCACCCAGACCUAAAAUAGGCUCUCGAAUCCUUUCACGAAGACAUUUCCUCUUUUUUGCAAAUUUUCUGGAAAGUCUGGAAUCCAGAUACCCACCCUCCGAGUCCUUAAAAAGCUGUCCCUGAUCCCGAGGCCUUCUGGGGCUGGUAUCCUGCUUCCUGGGAGAUAAAGUCUUCCUGUUCCUUUUCUCAAUAUGGAAGCAGGAUAACCAGGAAAGGUGAGGCACGUCUGGAACUAGAACGCGGGUCUAAGCCAAGAGGGGUGGGCGGAGUAAUCAAGCCGGUCUCAUCCGGCACUUUAACCAUCGCCCUUUUAAGGGAGAGCCAAGGGACACCAGCGGGUACCGGUACCAGUCCUGCCUCCCUAACCCGUCCCAGUGGGACGGCGUCGUGGUCUGUGCGGUGUCUUCCAAACCACUACCUGGCUGCCCGCGUACCAGCUGCUGGGAAAGACUACUUCCUCCGAGUUGUGCCGGCCUCCGCGUUUUUCUCGCGUCCCCUCUCUGCCGGGCCUCCGCCCCCUCGCGGAGAGGCCUUGCCGCUUUAAGAGCCGGGCUAGCGAUUGACAAGCAAUAAACGGUGAGCGCCCGGCUGCGCUGGAGCUGCGCGGAGCUAGGGGCUCCCCGGGGCGCAGGAGAGACGUUUCAGAGUCCUUGCCUCCUUCACCAUGCCGGUUGCCGCCACCAACUCUGAGUCUGGUAAGAAGUGGCCAUGCAGCAAGUCCUGGACAACUUGGGAUCCCUCCCGAAUGCCACGGGGGCUGCAGAGCUGGACCUGAUCUUCCUUCGAGGCAUUAUGGAAAGUCCCAUAGUAAGAUCCCUGGCCAAGGCCCAUGAGAGGCUGGAGGAGACGAAGCUGGAGGCCGUGAGAGACAACAACCUGGAGCUGGUGCAGGAGAUCCUGCGGGACCUGGCACAGCUGGCUGAGCAGAGCAGCACUGCUGCCGAGCUGGCCCACAUCCUCCAGGAGCCCCACUUCCAGUCCCUCCUGGAGACGCAUGACUCUGUGGCCUCAAAGACCUAUGAGACACCACCCCCCAGCCCUGGCCUGGACCCUACAUUCAGCAACCAGCCCGUACCUCCCGACGCCGUGCGCAUGGUGGGCAUCCGAAAGACAGCCGGAGAACAUCUGGGUGUAACGUUCCGCGUGGAGGGCGGCGAGCUGGUGAUCGCACGCAUUCUGCAUGGGGGCAUGGUGGCUCAGCAAGGCCUGCUGCAUGUGGGUGACAUCAUCAAGGAGGUGAACGGGCAGCCAGUGGGCAGUGACCCCCGUGCACUGCAGGAGCUCCUGCGCAAUGCCAGUGGCAGCGUCAUCCUCAAGAUCCUGCCCAGCUACCAGGAGCCCCAUCUGCCGCGCCAGGUAUUUGUGAAAUGUCACUUUGACUAUGACCCGGCCCGAGACAGCCUCAUCCCCUGCAAGGAAGCAGGCCUGCGCUUCAACGCUGGGGACUUGCUCCAGAUCGUAAACCAGGACGAUGCCAACUGGUGGCAGGCAUGCCAUGUUGAAGGGGGCAGUGCUGGGCUCAUCCCCAGCCAGCUGCUGGAGGAGAAGCGGAAAGCGUUUGUCAAGAGGGACCUGGAGCUGACACCAAACUCAGGGACCCUAUGUGGCAGCCUUUCAGGAAAGAAAAAGAAGCGAAUGAUGUAUUUGACCACCAAGAAUGCAGAGUUUGACCGUCAUGAGCUGCUCAUUUAUGAGGAGGUGGCCCGCAUGCCCCCGUUCCGCCGGAAAACCCUGGUGUUGAUUGGGGCUCAGGGCGUGGGACGACGCAGCCUGAAGAACAAGCUCAUCAUGUGGGAUCCAGAUCGCUAUGGCACCACGGUGCCCUACACCUCCCGGCGGCCCAAAGACUCAGAGAGGGAAGGUCAGGGUUACAGCUUUGUGUCCCGUGGGGAGAUGGAGGCUGACAUCCGUGCUGGGCGCUACCUGGAACAUGGCGAAUACGAGGGCAACCUGUAUGGCACACGUAUUGACUCCAUCCGGGGCGUGGUCGCUGCCGGGAAGGUGUGCGUGCUGGAUGUCAACCCCCAGGUACUGCCACUCUGCUCCUUCCCAGCCUGCCCAAUGUCCUCUCUGCUGCCUCAGUGCUCCCCCAUAGUUCCAGGUACCUGUCACCUGAGCACACCCGUGUACCCCCUCUGCCCUCAACUACUGCUUGAAACCCAGCCUACCUGGAAUCUUUGUCAGCCUUCCAGAGCCCCCACUCCUCCUCUAGUCUCCUCCAGUCACCCCAGCCACCUGCCAGCUAUUUGUCGUUUGUCCCAGGACUCAUGUCCCAGACCCCUAGGCACCCUUUUCCACCCACUCCCAAAUGCCCACCCCAACCCUAGUCACCCUCACAGCCUUUCUCUGGUUCCCAGGACAGACAUGGGGAUAUGCUCCCUACCCUACCUUCUCCUUCUGCAGGCGGUGAAGGUGCUACGAACGGCCGAGUUUGUCCCUUACGUGGUGUUCAUCGAGGCCCCAGACUUCGAGACCCUGCGGGCCAUGAACAGGGCCGCGCUGGAGAGUGGAGUGUCCACCAAGCAGCUCACGGAGGCGGACCUGAGACGGACAGUGGAGGAGAGCAGCCGCAUCCAGAGGGGCUACGGGCACUACUUUGACCUCUGCCUGGUCAAUAGCAACCUGGAGAGGACCUUCCGCGAGCUCCAGGCGGCCAUGGAGAAGCUACGGACAGAGCCCCAGUGGGUGCCUGUCAGCUGGGUGUACUGAGCCUGUUCACCUGGUCCUCAGCCCACUCUGUGUUGAAACCCAGAACCUGAAUCCAUCCCAUUCCUGACCUGUGACCCCCUGCCACAAUCCUUAGCCCCUAUAUCUGGCUCUCCUUGGGUAAUAGCUCCCAGCAGGCCCUAAGUCUGGCUUCAGCACAGAGGCGUGCACUGCCAGGGAGGUGGGCAUUCAUGGGGUACCCUGUGCCCAGGUGCUGCCCACUCCCAAUGCCCAUUGGCCACCAGAUAUCUCUGAGGGCCAAGCCAUGCCCAGGAAUGUGUCAGAGUCACCUCCAUAAUGGUCAGUACAGAGAAGAUAAAAGCUGCUUUGGGACCACAUGGUCAGUAGGUACACUGCCCCUUGCCACCCCUCCCCAGUCACACUCCUCUGGACUGGCCACACCCACCCCAUUCCUGGACUCCUUCCACCUCUCACCUCCGUGUCACAGGAGCAGGCCUUGGGCUGUUUCCAUGUGGCCAGGGGAAUGCAUGUCCCACUGGCAGCCAGACAGGCCUGGGUGGUGGUGCCAGCCUGGUGCCAUCUUGAAGGCUGGAGGAGUCAGAGUGAGAGCCAGUGGCCACAGCUGCAGAGCACUGGAGCUCCCAGCUCCCUCAGAAAGGGGCAGGGUCACAGGCAGAUGCUGCUCGGUCCCUCCCUCAUCCACAGCUUCUCACUGCCGAAGUUUUUCCAGAUUUUUCCAAUGUGUCCUGACAUGUCAGCCCUGCUCCCCACAGGGCCAAGCUGGCAGGGGUCAGUGGGCUCAGCCCAGGUAGGCGCAGGAUGGAGGGCUGAGCCCUGUGACAACCUGCUGCUACCAACUGAAGAGCCCCAAGCUCUCCAUGGCCCACAGCAGGCACAGGUCUGGGUUCUGUGUCCUUGACCUUGGUCCAUUUUGGUUUUUUCUCUAGCCAGGUCCAGGUAACCCACUUGCGUCAGGGCUGCCGGGUUGGAGGGGCUGAGGAGGAGUUCAGAGGGGACCUUGGGAGCCUGGGCUUGAAGGACAGUUGCCCACCAGGAGGUUCCUCACACACAACUCCAGGGGGCGCCAUUUACACUGUAGUCUGCACAGCCUGUGGUUCCAUGUGCAUGCUUGGCGCCUGUCUGUGCCUCUGGCACUGGGGUGUGUGUAUAUGUAUGUGCGUGUGUGUGUGUGUGUGUGUGUGUGUGUGUGUGUGUCAGGUUUAGUUUGGCGAGGAAGCAAAGGAUUGUUUUGUUUUGGAGGUCUCUCUUUGGGGCCCCUUUCUGGGGGUUCCCCAUCAGCCCUCAUUUCUUAUAAUACCCUGAUCCCAGACUCCGAAGCCCUGGUCCUUUCCUGAUGUUUUCUCCCUUGUCCUAUUGUCCCUCUACCCUAAAUGCCCCCCUGCUGUAACUUGGGGAGGGCAGUUUUGUAAAAUAGGAGACUCCCUUUAAGAAAGAAUGCUGUCCUAGAUGUAUUUGGGCAUCUCAUCCUUCAUUGUUCUCUGCAUUCCUUCCGGGGUGAGCCUGUCCUCAGAGGAGACAACCUGGGACACCCCAAGUCCAAACCCCUGUGCCUCCCAGUUCUUCCAAGUGUCUAACUAGUCUUCUCUGCAGCGUCAGCCAAAGCUGGCCCCUGAACCACUGUGUGCCCAUUUCCUUGGGAAGGGGAAGGAGAAUAAACAGAAUAUUUAUUACAAAUGUUAGAAUAUAUUUCUUAUACUAGGAAUCUCAUUUGCAUUUGCAUACAGUAUACACAUGGGGUGGAAAGGCCAGGCCUGCGCCCAUCUCGUUGGUGUGCCUCUGCAUAUACUACGCACUCAUCUUCCUGCUCCUCUUUUCCCUUGAUCAGUGUCCUUUCAUCCUAGUUCAGCUGUCCCUUGCAUCACCCUCAGCCUAAGGGAGUGGGAAGGAAAUGGGGUGUUUUCCUGCUGACUUGAGGCUAUGGGGUCACUUGCCACUUCCUACCUUCCCUGGGGGACUUGAGGGUAGAGGUGACUUGAGGGUAGAGGCAGGGGAAGAUUUGUUGUUGCAGCUGCCUCUGCCCCCUUGGUCCAAAUGACCAUCAUCUCUGAUGGAGAUGGGUUGGGUACCUGGCCCUCAUGGCACCCUCACUGCUAGUGAUGCCAAGGGGCAGGCCUAGGAGCCCUUCCCUCCUGUCUCUUCUCAGUCCUUCCUCUCUGAACAGCUUCCUACCUCCCCUGCCUGAGCCCCACUCCACAGCCCUCCCAGGUACCUAUCAAGUGGGAGCAGAGGCUGUCAGUCCUUGGCUCACCUGGGACAGGACUGGGGCUGGGUUGGAACAGGUGUGUGUGCCCACCACAUUAGCUCUGUGACUCUUCUCCCUCCCUGCAUUGUGGACUCUUGUAUUUGAGGGACCUCAGGAGAGUGAGGACCCUACCAUCCACUGUCCAUGUUCAGUCCCAGCCCCAGUGCCCUUCCUCUGUCCCCUCCCUCAGCCAUCCAAUUCUUGAGUUUUCUCACUGACUGUUUUUUUCUUUUCCUUGGAUUAAAUGUGAAAGCAAAGA